GUGGAGUUGUUUCAGCCGCUGUGUUGUCCGCAUUUGGCAGAAAGUGUAAAAGACAUCUGUUCUACUGUCAGCAUAAAGGAUUAAAUCAGGAGCUGAGGAUUAAUUAGUGCUUUGCGUGAUAAAAGAUGAUGGAGAUUUCUUUUUACGUUCUCCUUGUUUUAGCCGGGAUGGUCUUACUUCUGGCAAUGUGGGCUUGCGCAGCAUCGAACACCUACCAGUGGGGCCCAGACCUCACCCUAGAGCUUCCUCCAUACCUGUUGCAAGAAGCUCUAUUUGGGAAGCAGAAGACAUCAGCAUCUUCCGCCAAAGCACAAACAAAAGUUUCAGUCCCAAGUGAUCCUUCAGAAUUGCAAUGUGAUCCUCUUCUCAGCAACGAGCAACCCAUGGGACAAAGUAGCCCCCCACAAAGACACCCUCGUACUGUGGUUUUAAACAUGAGCACAGCAGUUCAAGUUCUUCCUGUACAACACAAGGGCAGACCGGUAUUUUGUACGUUUUCCACGGAGGAGCCAGCUUAAUCCUACUUAAACAGCAACUUUGGUGCUAAGGACAUUUGUCUAUGUUCCUAAAAUUGAAAACUGCCGAGCUGUAAAUUGCCAUUCCCACCAAAUUUAUGUUACGUCUUUUAAACUUGAUUUGUAGUAAACUGUAAACUGCAUCUAGUUUGGCUUUGGGCUGAAAAACGUGAAGGUUUUUUUCAAACCUUUUGUUGCUAAGUAUUCUUCAAGAAUACACAUAAAUGGAAUAUUAUCUGAAAUGGAGAUAGUAUUGUUCCAUUUAAUUAUUCUAAAAAAAUUUACUUGUUCUUCAAAUUUUACUGCCCCCAAGCCUGAGACUAAGCCAAAUUCAUCAUUGCCAAUUAUCACAUGCAUGGAGCUAGUUUGCUCCAUAUCAUUUCAAAAGUCGUGUGCUUAUUAUAUCAUUCAAUUUGAUUUCUGUUUUUUUCUCUCCUUCUAAGUUUCAUAGACAAUAAGGUGAUAAAGAGAUAGAAGAUUCGUGAAAUACACCGCCAGCUCAGUCAUUUCCAGCCGAGGACUGUAGAUUCGUGCUUAUUAGCACUCAUCAGCCCGGCAUAGGAAAGUGACUGAACUGGAGAUGGAAAACCUCGGCGGUGUAUUUCACGUAUUUCUGCUUUAGCCCUGGCUAAUGGGCGGUAAUUUACUGAAGAUAGAAGAUUAUCUACUAUACACAAUUUAUAUGAAUUCUGUUCAGUUUUCCACAUUUCAUAUUCAAUUUAUAUGAAUAUGAAAUGUGGAAAAUAUGUAAUAGUUUUUGGAACUAUUUAAUUCAUGUUUGAAGCAUCAGAUGCAAAAAGAUUUCAAACGUCCUUAUCUUGAUUUGCUUUUUUUUUCCAUGUAUUAUUAAAAUUUACAUCUGUAUUUUUAGGUAGUAAAAUUCACCUUCAAUUACUAUUUCUGUAUUUCUUUUUAUAGACUUUUCUUAAUAAACUAUUCUCAUCACAAAAAUUCUCGAGAUAUUAGCUUAUUCUUUUGCGUUACUAAUAUUUAUACUUCAAAAAGAAUUUAAUACAUGAAUCAGUCAGUAAUGCCCAAGGCCUGGUCACUGCAUUAUUUCCCAUUACCACAUAAAUGAAAUCUUAUUUCUCAUUACAUAUUGAAGUGCAUUUUGAAAAGUACGCAUGUCGUAAAUAUAUUUAUUAAGUAUUACUGAAUUGUUAUUUGCUGAAUUAUAUUACUUUUAUUGUAUGUAGUGACAUAGUGCAGCUCUUGUCCUUGGACCUCAUUUUUGGGUUUUGUUUGCAUAAAUGUUUCUAAUUUUUAAGAGUUAAUUUUGAACUAGGUCCUGAUUGUGAUUAUGUCUUUUAUGUCAAGUUAGUAAAAGCAUUUAGUAUCACUUGUUGACAAGAAUUUGUUUUUAAACUGAAUGAAUGAUGAUGGAUGGUUGCCUUGCCGACAAAAAAUGUUUUUUUUUCUUUUUCUUAAAUCGAGAGAGUGUAUGAACUGGCUUUCUGUACAAUGCUCCAAUUCACAAAUCAUUAAAAAAGUGUACAAUAAUACAUGCCAUUGUGAUAGUUGCCAAAUUCCCCAAUUAUUAUGUUUGAAUAAAUUUAAAAUAUUUCGACACCAACAGACUAUGCGGAAUGUUGUGUACAACAAUCAUGAUCAGAAAUUUAAAAAAAAUGAAAAUAUCCAAUACCUCAAGUUCCAUUCAUUAUUGAAGGGAUCUUAUUGUUUAUCACAGGAAAAGCAAAUGUUUUCAAUCAUUUUGAAAAUAUUUAGCAUAAAAUUAAUUAUGGUUACAUAGCUGCCAACAUUGAAAGAUGAAAAUUAAAUGCAUAGAAUUUGGGAGCUUUUGGAUAGAUAAAGUGACCAGACGCCCCAAUUUGGUGGAACAGUCCUACUUUUGGUUUCACAGUCCUACUGGUCAAAUAUUCUGCUCCCCCCCCCCAAGUAUCGCUUUUCUAUUAAAGUUCCACCGAAUGGAGAAAAUAUGAAUAAAAUUAGAUUCAUCACCGUUUUUGUGGGCAUACCUUCUUUGACAAAUAUAAACUUUUGGCAUUACUUCAAGUAUUUUUUAGAUUUUUGAGAGGCUAUGAAAAUUACUUUCAACAGUACAUAUGACUGACAGCAUAUUGAGUUACUUCCCAACUUAAGUUCUUUAUAGGUACAUCUGAAUUACAUGUCAUUUACUAAUUAUGCUCUUAUUUCAAAGUUUAAGCAUAACUGCAAUGCUUUCAUAAAAUUGGUUUAUUGCAAUCUUAAAUUAAAAUUAUUUUUCAUGUGAGAUCUAAAAAUCUUCUAUUAUUUUGUGAUAUGAUAGUAAACCUUUGAAAGAAAGAGAAAAAAACCUCCCCCCCCUCCUGCCAGUGACAUGUCCCGAUUUUAAGUUUGAAACUCCUGGGCACAUCAUGCAUAAAUAAAUUUAUCAACAAAAGUUUCGAGUGUAAUCGGGAUUUUUAAAAGCAUAUGUAUGAAUUUCUCAAACUGAACCUGCAUGGGAUCCGAAAUUUGACAUUUAGAAAUUAAGAUUGUUUUUACUUUUUUAAAGUUAGAGGGGGAGGACUACCACUUGUGGGUCAAAAUUUAUUUUCUAAGAGGCGUAAUUAAUAUAAAGAAAGGCAUUCGUUGUUUUCAUUAAAAUUCGGGGGAUUUUCAUUAGGAAGUUCGGAAAAGGCAUUAAAAACCACCCGAACGAAUAGGGAGAGUUGGCAACUGUGAGGUAAAGUGCUUUGUAGACAACCUGCCAUUUCUAUAAAUCUCUUUUGUGAGGAAUUUUAUUUUUAGUGCUCAGUGAGCCAUUGUCUGCUAUCUGUAUCCACAAAUAUUGCUGUCUAUAAUAAGCAUUCUCAUUUUGCAAAUUCAUUUCAUCAUUUAAAAAGAUACUUUUGCAUUUAUAAUUAUUCUUGUACUAAAUGUGAUAAAGGAAUUAUUAAUUAAUAUAUUCUGCAAUAAAGUCAACUUAUAAAAU